AUGCCAUCGGCGACAGGCCAGAACUGGGAGAAGUACCAGAAGAAGUUCGCCGACGACGAGCAGGAAGAGAAGAAGAUCACACCGUUGUCUGAUGAGGACAUCCAAGUGCUCAAGACAUACAACUCUGCCCCAUACGCCACAGCACUGAAAGAUCUGGAGAAAGCCAUCAAGGAGAAGCAGACGUCAGUCAACGAGAAGAUCGGCGUCAAGGAAUCAGACACCGGACUCGCACCUCCGCAUCUAUGGGACAUCGCCGCUGACCGACAACGCAUGAGCGAAGAGCAACCAUUACAAGUCGCGAGAUGCACCAAGAUCAUUCCCGAUGAGAAGGACAGUGAGAAGAGCAAAUAUGUCAUCAACGUCAAGCAGAUCGCCAAGUUCGUCGUGAACCUUGGAGACCGAGUGUCGCCCACAGAUAUCGAAGAGGGCAUGCGCGUGGGAGUAGACCGGAACAAGUACCAGAUCAUGUUGCCUCUUCCGCCCAAGAUCGACCCGAGUGUCACCAUGAUGACCGUCGAGGACAAGCCCGAUGUCACCUAUGGAGAUGUGGGUGGCUGCAAAGAGCAGAUUGAGAAGCUACGAGAAGUCGUUGAGAUGCCGCUCUUAUCGCCAGAGCGCUUCGUUAACCUGGGCAUCGAUCCACCAAAGGGUGCUCUGCUUUACGGUCCUCCAGGAACCGGUAAGACGCUUUGCGCCAGAGCGGUGGCUAACAGAACUGAUGCCACAUUCAUCCGUGUCAUUGGGUCCGAGCUUGUGCAGAAGUACGUCGGAGAGGGUGCACGAAUGGUCCGCGAGCUCUUUGAGAUGGCGCGCACGAAGAAAGCAUGCAUCAUUUUCUUCGACGAAAUCGAUGCUGUCGGAGGUGCUCGUUUCGAUGACGGCGCAGGCGGAGAUAACGAAGUUCAGCGAACUAUGCUGGAACUUAUCACACAACUCGACGGUUUCGACAGCCGGGGAAAUAUUAAGGUCAUGUUCGCCACUAACAGACCUAGCACACUGGACCCAGCUCUCAUGAGACCCGGUCGAAUAGAUCGAAAGAUCGAGUUUUCACUGCCCGACAUGGAGGGUCGUGCCAACAUCCUGCGAAUCCACGCCAAGUCCAUGUCAGUAGAGCGCGACAUCAGAUGGGAGCUCAUUUCGCGUCUGUGCCCGAACUCAACCGGUGCUGAGCUGCGGUCUGUAGCUACAGAAGCUGGCAUGUUCGCCAUUCGCGCGCGAAGAAAGGUGGCUAGCGAGAAGGACUUCUUGAGCGCUGUCGAGAAGGUCAUUCGAGGAGGACUCAAAUUCAACUCGACCGCAGCGUAUGCCCAGUACAAUUAG